UGUGAAUUUUUCGUUAUGCCACAUGUCCUUCAUCACUAAAGUGCUUGGUGAGAAGGGUUGUUGUAAUGUUUCAUGAAACUGUUAUGGGUGAGUGGAUUGCAGGAUUUAUCAGCAAUUCAACAACUCAAUUGGAGAAUAGAAAGAAACCUAAGCUGCACAAGCUAAAUUCAAUUUAUUAUGUCUGUAAUUGUUUAAAAGUUUAUUUUAGUAUGUAAUGAGUAUCUCCUACAAAGCAUAAUGUUUUCCAGAUGUUAUAUGCCUUUUGUACAUCUCGGAAACAGAAACUGGCAGUAAACUGAGUGAACGGGCAUGACGCCUCUUUCAGGAACUGCGUACAUUUCAUACUGAGCUAGUGAAACAUCGCUGUUCCGCUCGUAUACUUGUCCUCAAGAUAAAAAUCAAAGGAUGUCAGAGAUGAGUUCAAUCCAGGACAGUUUACAGUCGAAACUGGAUCAGCUGGAGUGUCACUUCACUUGGGACAUUAAAAAAGAUGAUCUAGUCUUGACAAAUAUCCUCAAUAGGCUUGAGGAACAGGUCAAGUUGGGUCUAGGGAUGGAGCAAGGAGUUGCACGAACUCACUGCUCUUUAGGAUAUGUGAAAUUCCUUAUUGGGCGCAAAGAAGAGGCUCUUACUCACCUGUUGAAAUCUGAGACACUUAUUAAAGAAAACCUCGGGGUCAACAGUGACAAGACUCUCAUUGUCACCUAUGGAAAUUUUGCCUGGAUAAACUACCAUAUGAAGAACUACACAGAGUGUGAAAGUUACCUGAUGAAGCUUCAGAAGAUAAAUGAAACAUUUUCAAUCGGGCCUUCAUCUGUUCCAGAGGUGCUUGGUGAGAAGGGAUGGGCCUAUCUUAAAUUCUCUCGCAAAUAUUAUGACAAAGCCGCAGAAGUUUUUCAGAAGGCUGUGGAACUGGAUCCAGAAAAUAGCGAGUGGAACGCUGGUUAUGCAAAAGCUCUGUAUCGCACUGAAACUGGCACAUAUUGCACUGUGGAUUCACCUGCAAUCAAGCAGCUGAGACAGGCUAUUGACAUCGACCCAGAUGAUGAUGUCUCUAGAGUUCUUCUAGGACUUAAACUUAUCUUAUGUUCCAAAGAGUUGAAGAAUGAGUCUGAGAAACUGAUAGAGAGAGCUUUGAAAGGCUCUCCAGAACAUCCACAUGUCAUAAGAUAUGUUGGGAAAUACUUCAGGAAUCAAGGAUCUGUAGACCGGUCAAUUGAACUGCUGAGUACAGCACUUGAAACAUCACCAAACUCAGGCUUCAUAAAUCAUCAGUUGGCAAUGUGCUACAAGACCAAGAAAAUUAAUUUACAGAAAGAAAAAUGGGAAGGAAAUAAGCCUGAGGUAAAUAAAGCACGAAAUCAGUGCAUUUACUAUUUAGAAAAGGCAACUUCUUUAAAAGCUUCCUUUGUCUUUGCCAUGAGUGAGCUCGCACUUCAGUAUGGAGAGAAACGUAAUCUGCCCAAGGCAGAGGAACUGUUUGACAGAGCAUUUAAAGCAGCUAGAGAGAAAAAUGAUAAUGUGCAUGUAGUACAUUUUUACUAUGCUGAGUUCCAACAGUACUGCAACAGAUGCGAGGAGUUAGCAAUCAAACACUAUAAGGAGUGUUUGAAAAUCAGUCCACAUACUAGUGAGGGGUAUAGAAGUGCAAAGAAACUGAAAUACAUUGCCCAGAGAUAUAUCAAGGAUAAUCCAGGUGAUUGGAAGGCCAAUGAAAUACUGGGAUUCAUUUAUCAAAUGAAAGAGGAAAUGUUCGGGGACACCAAGAGCUAUGCAGCCACUUCUGACAAUGAAGAGGAGGAUGAAUCCCUCAGCAAUCUUUGUGAGAUUAAUUGCAAAAUAUAAACUUUCUACAAAGAUGCAUAAUUAGUUGUUAAAAAAAACAAACAAAGGGCCUUAUUUGUGUAUUUAUGGGCACAGAAAACAUGCACAUAAAUUUGUUACCCUUGUUCUAUUGUUGAUGAAUCCGGUUGAUGCCAAAUGACGGAGCGAGUCCCUCCAGCUAAUUUGCAUGAAACAUGCACAAACUAUGUCCACAUAAGGCCUUUCCAUACAGUCUCACAUCUCUCCUUUUCUUGCUAGUUUGCUCUCUCUCAUCUUUUAGUGUGGCAUUCUCAAAAUCGGUUAAAGACAAAAACUUUUUAUUUAGUCGUUCAGUUGGGCCUACAUUUUGUCAUGGAUUUAAAAUGCUUUUUUGUCUCCUCUGAAAUGUAACUUUUUACCUUACAGAUCUGUUUGAUUUACUCAGUUGUCUUAAUUAUAGUAUAUUGUGCUGUAAAAAAAAUAAAAAUACAAUCUUUCAGAAUAAAACCUAAUAUAGUCUUUUAAAAUAGUAGAAUAAAUAAAAUGUAGUGCCAAUAUA